AAAUUAUCCAAUUCUCACACCCAACCAACAAUGGCAUCCGUUAAAACCAUCUUCCAACUCUCCUCCCAACCCACCUGGUUCGAAAACAUAUCCAUCCGACCAAACGGAAUAGUCCUGGCGACUCGUCUUGAUAUCCCCGAGGUCUGGGCCAUUGACACUGUCACUUCGACUGGCUCCUCCCUCAUUCAACUGUCGCUCGCUAAGGAUGACCCAACCAACGCUCUCACGGGCAUCUGCGAACUAAGCCCUGAUGUAUUUGCCAUUGGCGCAGGAGUCUACGACAUGAUUGGAGGGACUGGACCGAAACAUGGUAGCUUCAGUAUCUGGCUCGUGGACCUAACGAGUGACAAGCCCCGUGUGUCCAAGAUCACUGACACGCCAGAGAUUGUCAUCAACGGAAUGGCGACGUGGGACGAACAAACAAUUCUGGUCACGGACUGCCUGAAUGGAAAGAUCUACAGGCUCGAUAUUUCUUCUGGCUCAUACUCGAUUGCCCUCGAGGACAAAACCAUGACCCUGCCGCCCAACGCCCCAUUCCCAAUUUGUAUCAACGGCCUGAAGGUCCACCGCACCGCCACGCAGGCCUACGUCUACUACACAAACACGACACGUCAGUCCGUAUUCCGCCUGUCUGUCACACCGACGCUCGAGCCGGCCGGUCCCGCGGAGACGCUCGCCUCAGGGCUCCUGCCGGACGACCUUGCCGUGGCACAGGACGGGACCGUGUAUGUGUGCACCAACACUACGAACACGGUAGUACGCAUCCCACCAAGCGGUGGAGAGGCUGUGGCCGUUGCGGGAAAGGCAAAUCAUAUGGCCGUUGUGGGCUCAACGUCGUGCGUGUUUGGGAAAGGCGAGAAGAUG